UUGCAUUUUCACUAAGCGCACACAAAUCUGUGGUGUCUGUGCAUGUGUCUGUGCGAGUGUACGCGCGCAUGAGUAGAGGCUAGUGCGCGCAUCUGCCUUCUUGUGUGCCUGUUUGUGUGUUUUGCGGAUGUGGGAGUAGAGCGAGGAGGGGGGUUGGUGGCUGUUGAUGUGCAAAUGUGCAUCAUGUUGAAGGGCUGUGAAUGGGGAGGUGUGACGUAAAAAGGGACCCGAACGCAGGUGCUUAUCUCGAGGCUGUCAAAGGCACAGUAUGUCAUAUUCCUGGGGACUACCUUUCAAAGCCACAGCACCAGCACAGCUAUCAAGAGACUGGGAGAAAAUCAAACUUUUUGGAUCACAGCACUAGAUAAUGAAUUACAUGAUCACCUCCUGAGAGAUAACAAGUGUGAAAGCGUCAACCAGGGGGGACAGUGCGGAUCUGGCAUCUUAUCCUACAGAGUGCUCGGAAAACUACAAUCAAAGAUGGAUUCUGAAGGCGAGGAGCAAACCCUGAACACAUGUAACAGUAGCACAGGGCUGAACGACUGCAUCCCUGAGACUCAAAGCCCAUAUGGGUCCAUGGCGAGGAAGAGGAGUGCUCAGGAAGGGGUGCAGGGCGCCCCCGUCAACAAGAGAAAGUCCCUGCUGAUGAAGCCCCGCCACUACAGCCCCAGCGAGGCAUGUGAAGAGGAGAGCGAGGACCUGGCACCGCCACAGGACAAAGAAGAGCUGAGGAACAUUGACACUCCAGCAGAUGGAAACUUAAGUGCAAUCAAUGGAGUUGCCAACAAAAAUGGCUGCUACGAUGUGGCAGCAAAGUCAAGUGAUUCUCUCGGAUGGUCAGAAGUUACGUCCGAUGGCUCUCCACAGUGUGAGUUGGACACAUCUGAACGUUUGAUGGAUGAAGAUGAUGAAGAGCUCCUUAAUAACGAAGAAAACCACCAAAGUCAAGACAGGAUGAGUGGUACAUCAUCACCACAGACUCCGUACGAAGACAUGAGGGAGGCCGAGUGGGAGCCUCUGUCCCUGUCUGCAAAGGUGAACGGCUUGGGCUGCAGUCCCUCCAGAACCUCCGAAGAGCUUUCAGGCAGGAACGGCCACAUGAAAGAAGAGCCUCACUCAGAAUUAGGUGGCCUGAUGGGUAGAGCCAGUAUUUUUCAGGCUGAGGCUCUAAGAUACAGGCCACUCCCCACAGAAGAGGACAGUGAGGGGGAGGUGGAGGCGGAGAGACCACCUCGGCUGGAUGGCUGGGCUCUGGGACUCCACGAGAGAGGCCUGGAAAUGAGCCGGGGGAGGGUGAACUUCAGCCUGUUGGAGCAGGCCAUAGCUCUGCAGACAGAGCAAAGACAGGUCCUACACCAUGCCUACAGGGAGAUGGACCGAUUCCUCAUGGAGCAGAUGACCAAUGAGAGAAGGCACCAUAGGAUGAUGGACAUGGACAGCAGACUCAACUAUCAUGGAGGAAAAGAUUCACCACGUACAGAUAAAAAGGAUAUAAAGUGUCCAACUCCUGGCUGUGAUGGCACUGGUCAUGUGACUGGCCUGUACCCACAUCACAGGAGUUUGUCUGGGUGCCCUCAUAAAGUCCGAGUUCCUCCAGAGAUCCUGGCCAUGCAUGAGAACGUCCUCAAGUGCCCUACACCCGGGUGCACAGGAAGAGGCCAUGUCAACAGCAACCGUAGCACCCACCGGAGUCUCUCAGGCUGCCCCAUCGCUGCUGCAGUGAAGGUCUCUAAACCUCAGGACGAGAGCCUGAAAUGCAGACAAACACCUGACCGCUCGCCAAGAGCCAUCGGCUUGAUAAAGAAGUUCGAGAUGAACCAGUUGAACUACAGGCUCUCUCAUCCAGUAGCAGCCUUGCAAACCAGCCUCACAAAAGACAUGGACAAGUACAGCAGAAUCCGCUUUGAUUACGCCAGCUUUGAUGCACAGGUCUUCGGCAAACAGCCUCUGAUGGGGACCAACCAGGACCAGGAAAUGCCACAUUUCCCUGAUUCACCUCAGCAGUAUCCUGGCUUCCUUGGUGGUCCAGGUGGCCGCUUGCCCACCUCUGGUCAGCACAGCCCGCCGAGUCAAUUCAAAAAAGAAGACGGUCUCCAAGCCGCAGCAGCGACCGCCGCCAUCCUUAACCUCUCCACUCGCUACCGGAAGAACAUGGAGGCCGUCGCCGGCCGGCCCUUGGCAACCUCCACAAAGGACAUGCUCAUAGAGGUGGAUGAAAAUGGCACCCUGGACUUGAGUAUGAAGAAGUGUAAGGAAAAUGUAAAAGCCCAGACAAAAACACCUUUGGACGACCCGGUGUCCCCUUCCGAGUCCACUAUGGCCAAAGGCGGGAGUGUGCUCAUCAGCCCCGCCUUCUACCAGCCGCUGUGUGAGAGAGACAGCUGGGAGAGCCCUGUCCCUGUCAACUUCAGCAAAGCACAUGUUUUACAGGACACAGAGGAGGAUUAUGAUCAUGUCUCCUUGGAGGACCAACACUAUCAAGGAGAUGGCAGCAUGUUGAGUCCCAAAGCAAAGCUGCUAUUACGAGAUUCAAAGAAAGAGCUCUUGAGCUGUCCGACCCCGGGCUGUGACGGCAGUGGCCAUGUGACGGGGAAUUAUGCAUCACAUCGGAGUGUGUCUGGAUGUCCCCUGGCUGACAAAACACUCAAAUCACUGAUGGCAGCCAACUCUCAGGAACUAAAGUGCCCAACACCUGGUUGUGAUGGAUCUGGACACGUGACUGGGAACUAUGCUUCGCACAGAAGCUUGUCAGGAUGUCCACGUGCCAGAAAGGGAGGUUUGAAGCUCACACCAAACAAGGAUGACAAAGAUGAGCAAGAGCUUAAGUGUCCAGUAAUUGGAUGUGACGGACAGGGCCAUAUAUCGGGAAAAUACACAUCCCAUCGCAGUGCAGGCAGUUGUCCACUUGCUGCCAAAAGACAGAAGGAGUCGUCCAUCAAUGGGCUGCCCUUUGCCUGGAAGGCCAAUAAACAGGAACUGCCCCAUUGUCCCUUGCCUGGCUGCAAUGGCCUUGGACAUGCCAAUAAUGUGUUUGCCACUCACAGAAGCUUGUCGGGUUGCCCACUGAACGCACAGAGUAUCAAGAAAAAGCCCUCAGAAGAAGAGAUGAUGACUAUCAAACUGAAAACCAGCAGUGGUGUUGAAAACAAAGAAGACAUUCAACAUCUGGAUCAUGAAAUUAAGGAACUGAAUGAAUCCAACAUGAAAAUAGAAGCAGAUAUGAUGCAACUUCAAACCCAGCAGAUAUCGUCUAUGGAAUGUAACCUGAAGACAAUUGAAGAGGAGAACAAGAUGAUUGAACAGCACAACGACAGCCUUCUGAAGGAGCUCGCCCGCCUUAGCCAAGCUCUCAUUAACAGUCUAACUGACAUUCAGCUGCCUCAAAUGGGACCCAUCAGUGAGCAUAAUUUUGAAGCCUAUGUGAACACAUUAACUGAUAUGUACAACAACUCGGAGCAUGAAUACUCUCCAGAGUGCAAGGCCCUCUUGGAUAAUAUCAAACAGGCUAUUAAGGGCAUCCAUGUUUAAGCUGUAGAGCUACCAAGAGGUUUCUUUGACUUGGGAUAAUGGCACUAGAUAGCUCUAUUUUACUGAAGAGUGCUGGCUUGGCUGCAUGUAUAAGACAAGGCUUUUGGAAAUGUGUUUGACAUUUCCCGGUAAAUACACUGCACUGAGAAAAUUACCAGCCAGAUUUGUAAUGCUUUUAUUGUUUCUGCAUUCACUUGAUAUGUUUAUCCUGGUGAGAUUUUUACCCCUCUUGCACUUAAUUAUUUUGUAUGGUUUGCUUGAUUUCAAUCUGUAUGUGUUCAUGUCAUUCUUAUAUUAUCGCUAUUUAUUAUUAUAUUUGUUCAUCAGUGUAUUUAUUUCCUUGAUUUUUAUUUAUUUCUAUAAUUGUAAAUGCUUAAUAUUUGAGAAAUCUGUUUGACUUUCUGCACAUUGUAAAUUACAUAGAAGCACAUUCCAAUUUCAUGGCAUACUUUCGCCAUCUAGUGUUGAAAAACGUAUAUUAUUAUUAGACCAUAAGUUGGAUCUCCCUUCAAAGUAAAAACCUACCAAAACGACUAAGCAUCGAUAUUUUUAAGCAUUGCUUUUGCUUUGUUUAUUGGAAACUGAAUGUAUGGUAAGACAAAGUGAACACAGAGAUCAAAAAAAUGCAAUGCAACUGUACUGUACCUUUUUCUUCUUAACCAAUAACAGCUGAAUGCAACCAGGAAGUGACACUGAGCAAAAAUGCAACAUCAUUCAGUGAACUGAAUGUCAGAUUCUGCUUUGCAUAGCGUGCCACAAGAAGAGUGCAACAAAAAUCAAAAAUCCACUUUGUCAAGAUGUCUUUUUUUUAAAUAUAGAUAUUAAACUGCCUUCUGUGCACACACUUUGGAGUGUGCAUAUAGUAUGUGCCUAAAUGUAUAUGAAUCCAUAAAAAUAUACGAGUACUAUGUUUUGUGGUAGGACAGUAUUAUGUGGAUGGUGUCUAAUUUAUUAUACAGUACAAUUAUUUUCAUAGGAGGAAACGUUCCUGAUGACUGUUUAAAUACCGUUGUCUCAGUAGCUGUAAUCUCAGAGUCAGGUUUUGAAAUAUCACGACUGAGAUUGAAGUCUGGUGUUUAUUUUAACUUUUGCUAGCAUGGAGAAGGGGAAAAAAGGAAGGAGUGAAUUAAAAAAAAAGCAAACAUCUCCUCCUGUUUUAUCUUAAACUGCUUACAAGCCUUAACAUUUCAACUAGUCUUACAGUUUGAAUAUUCUUGUAACGCUUGGGGCAGAUUUGAAUAGUAGCUAUUUCAAAACCGAGCUGACUACCACUACAACUCAUAUUUCAGUUUCAAUCAUUAAAUGCAAAAAAAAAAGGAAAAAAACAACAAAAUGAAAACAUAGACAAAUGAUAGUUGUUGGCUAAUCAGUUGUUUGUUUGCAUCAAUUGCACUUUUGUAUUUUGAAUUAUUUUGUAUUUUUAGUUCACCACACUGCCCUUGACUUCAAAAAAAGGGGGAAAUGGGACACUGUAGUCGUAUCAACGUACUACACACGUCUCAAUUUUAAGUUAAUCCCAAGAGCAAAAUGACACAGUAAUUCAUUUGAGCAAUACAUUUUUAAUUUCUGCAAAGAAAAGUCAAAGACAUGUAGCCUAGGACCUUUCGAAGAAACAAAAAAUUUAACAGCAAAAGAGCCAAAUUACAGAAAAAUGAGACCCUAUUUAAUCCAAAUACUUCUUAAUCUUUUAAAAAAUUUGAAUCACAUUCUUUAAACCUAACAAUCCUUUAUUUAUAAUUUAUUAUAUUUAAUUCCUAUACCACACAUUGUUUGCUCAGGAAGUUUUGUGAAUAAUAUUUAUUUUUUCCCUGUUAGUAUUUGAUGUUUUGUAUUGUGAAAUGCUUUUUUGUGGAACGAUAUUAGUAUGAUAUGAAAUUGUAUUGUAUUUUCUUUUCUUUUACAUUAAAAUGUAAUGCUUUUUUCAGUUGAAGUAGUUUGUAAAUUGAAACUUCCUAUUACUUUUACUAUUUCAUAAUAAACAGAUAUGCGCUGUGUUGUACAGUUUGUGUAUGGUAGAAAUAAACUUUUCAAAUGGU